AUGCACACUGAUAUAUGGCGCUGUCUAUGCCAAACACCGCGCUCCACCUGUAGUGAGAGUUGCCUCCAUGGAUACCGGAAAGUCCUACUGGAAGGAAAACAGAAAUGCUGCUACUACUGUGCGCCCUGUGCAGAAGGCGAGAUCUCCAACCAGACUGACAUGGGAACAUGCUUAGUGUGUCCUAACGAUCACUGGUCAAAUGGAAGAAGAGAUUCCUGCGUUCCAAGACCGAUUGAAUUCCUGUCUUAUGGAGACACACUGGGGUCAUCUCUAAUUAUUAUAAAUCUUACAUUUUGCCUUGUUACUAUAGUUGUAUUUGGGAUAUUUAUAAAUAAUAAAGAUUCUCCGAUUGUGAAAGCCAAUAACCAGAAUCUCAGUUUCACACUUCUCCUCUCACUGAUCUUCUCAUUUUUAUGUCCUCUCUUAUUCAUUGGACGUCCCUCAGAUAUAUCAUGUCUCCUCCGACAAGUGGCUUUUGGAAUCAUUUUUAGCCUUGCCGUUUCUUCAGUCUUAGCUAAAACAGUGACUGUAGUCUUGGCUUUUCAAGCCAUUAAACCAGGCAGGACACUGAGGCAGUGGAUGAAGAGACACCUCUCCAAAUCCUUACUUGUUAUAGGUUCAUCUGGAGAAGUUUUGAUCUGUGUCCUCUGGUUGUUUUAUUCUCCACCAUUCCCAGAUUAUAACACUGGAAUAGAGGUUGGAAAGAUAAUAUUACAAUGUGUUGAGGGAUCUGCCAUUGCUUUCUACUUGUCCAUCGGCUACAUUGGAUUUCUGGCAAUGAUGAGCUUUAUUGUAGCUUUCUUGGCCAGAAGACUUCCAGACACCUUCAAUGAGGCUCAGUACAUCACGUUCAGCAUGCUGGUGUUCUGCAGUGUGUGGAUCUCCUUCAUCCCGGCCUACCUCAGCACCAAGGGGAAGUACAUGGUGGCUGUGGAAGUUUUUGCCAUCUCAUGUUCCAGUGCUGGACUUCUGGGCUGUAUCUUCAUUCCCAAAUGUUACAUUAUCCUACUGAGACCAGAACUCAACACAAAGUCCAAUAUAAGGGUCAUAAGAAGACAUUGUACAGGAGAAUUUUGAUUUGUGUUUCAAUGUACAGUUGUAGCCGAGCUAAACUUGACUCUGAUAACACAUGGCACAGUCUUAUCUUGGUUGGUUUUCUCGUGACAAAUGCCAUUGAAAUCCAUUGAAAAGUUAGUUACCUUUUCUUCCUAUUCUUUACUUAAUGCGUUAACCAUCAAGUUUAGCUCGGCUGCAUCUGUAUUUAUUACUCUUUUAUAUUUGUAUUAUUUAGUUAUAUAUCUACUCUCGUAUCGGUCUGGAUCUUCCUCAAUCUGUUUUUAA